GAAAUUCAAAACCUCUUGUCCCUGAGAUAGCUGAAAGACUCACGAAGUUCCGUGCCGUGCAAACAUCGUCACAAUAUAAAACAUCUGGACAGAUUAAACUGUGGCUCGGAGUACGACAAAGAACACAGGCAUGUCGUGGGACUUCUUCGUGCCAGUAUGUGUGGGUGAUCUGGUAAAGACUGGAGGCACGAACCAAUAUGUGGUUCAGGACGUCGUCUCGCCUAAACAACUUCCCUCUCUUAUCAACAGGUUCAAGGCAGCACUGAGAGGUCAGGGGCCAUUAUGUAUCCUGGAACACUUUGACACAGGUUACAGUGUGUUGCAACACUGUAAAAGCGUGGACAUGGUUGUGAAGGAGGACACUCUGGAGUUACUCGUUCAAGUGGUGAGUGGCCUGUCUGUCUCCCUGCCCGCCUUCCUCCUCUCCACCAGUUUCUCUGCCCAGGACCGGAAAGAGCAGCUGAAUGCUGUUAAGAUGGGUGUCUUCCUGCUCUGCAAGCUCACAGAGAACCUGGAGAGUGACUCCAACAGACAGAGUAUCGUCACGGCACCCAGUAAGGGUGGGAAGAAGGGCAAGGCUCCGGGAGAGGGGCGGCUGCAGUGGGACUCUGAGAGGGAGACGGUGCUGCUGGCUCUGAUCCAGCUCUUUCAGCUGGACAUCCGCUCUCUCUGGAGCCUCUCUCUGGUGGAUGAGGAGUUCAUCAGCUGUGUGACGUGCUGCUGCUACAAGCUCUUGGAGAACCCCACCAUCAGCCACGUGAAGAGCAAGCCCAGCCGCGACGCCAUCAUCCACCUCCUUGGCGUGCUCAUCAAGAAGUACAACCACCUCCUGGGGGCCAGCGUCAAGGUGAUCCAGCUGCUGCAGCACUUUGAGCAGCUGGGCUCGGUGUGCGCCCAGGCUGUGUCUGUAUGGAGCACAGAGUACGGCGUCAAGGCUGUCGUUGGAGAGGUCAUCAGGGAGAUUGGGCAGAAGUCGCGGGAGGAGCUGGCCAGAGAGGGGUCUGGGGUCAAAGCGUUUUCUUCCUUCCUCUCCGAGCUCAGCACCAUCGUGCCUGAUGUCAUGAUCCCCAACGUCAGUGUGUUGAUCACACACCUGGAGGGAGAGAGCCCCAGCAUGCGUGUGGCAGUGUGUGAGGUGCUGGGAGAGAUCCUCGUCCGGGUCCUGAGCGGCGACGGCCUGGACGAGUCGGGCAAAGCCGACCGCGACCGCUUCAUGGACACGAUACAGGAACACCUCCACGACACCAACUCCCACGUCAGGGCACGCGUGCUGCAGGUGUACGCGCGUGUCGUCAACAGCAAGGCGUUGCCCCUGUGCAGGUACAGUGAGGUGAUGGGGCUGGCCGUGGGGCGGCUGAUGGACAAAUCCAUCAACGUGGUCAAGAGUGCCAUCCAGCUCUUAGCAGCCUUCAUCGCCCACAACCCUUACAGCUGCAAGUUGAGCAGUGCUGACCUGAAGAAACCCCUGGAAAAGGAGACUGCUAAACUCAAAGAGAUGACCGAGAAACUGCAGGGGCAGGCGCCUGUGGCCGUGAUCCGAGCCUCGGAGCUGUGGGCCGCCAUGGAGCCAGAGCUGCUCGUCACCGCCCGGGCCGUGCUGGAGCCGUCCUCCGAGAGGGAGGAAGAGGAGGAGGAGGAGGAGGAGAGGGAGGAGGAGGUGCAGGAGGACCAGGAUGACAGAGCGACAGCCUUGCAGAUUGCCCAGUUCCUCCGCGUCAACAAGUACAGGAACGCGGUGCGUCUGUGUGUGAGAGCUCACAGUCUGUUCCCAGAGUCUCCCCUGUUUUCCUCUCUGGCUCAUGUGUCCACCGAGACUGUGAUGGAGACCCUGGCUCUGCUCUUCAAAGGCCCAGAUGUGGACACGUCCGAGCAGCCCCAGAGCCUGCCCCCCACCCCCCAGAAGGAGGGGGCCCAGGAAGGAGAGAGGGAAGGGGCGGAGGGGGAGCUGAAGAAACAGGAGAUGUUGGUGCAGUACCUGCGGGACACAGAGAGCUUCUCCCUGCAGGUGGAGAAGGCCAUCGCUGUCAUCAACACAAUGCUGUACUGGAAAACCACAACAGUGGUUCAGGAGGCGGUGGAGUUCUGUGUGACCGUGUGUGAGUUCAGCGUGGCCAACUCUCUAACGGGCGUGAGGAAGAUGCUGCCGCUCGUCUGGUCCACCGACGCCGCCAUCAAAGACGCCGUGGUGCAGGCCUACCGACGCCUCUACCUCAACCCCCAGGGAGACUCCACCAGGGCCAAGGCCCAGACUCUGGUGGACAGUCUGUCUGAGCUGAUGGUGGACGCUCCCCUGGGGACUGUGCAGUGUCUGGAGGAGAUAGUCCAGGAGUUCUUCAGCGGCGGCAGUGUCCUGCAGUCCACCGUGGUGCAGGUUCUGUGGGAGAGGUUCACCGGGAAGCGAGAGGCCUCUGGUCUUCACAGGCGAGCGGCGGUGCUUCUGCUGGGCAUGGCUGCACGGGCUGAGAAGGAGGUGGUUCUCAGUAACCUGGACACACUGUGCUCGGUGGCCCUGGGAGAAAAGGUGACUGAAGACUUCCUACUGGCCAGAGAUACAGUCAUCACCAUCUCCAGCAUCACUGACCAUGUCCGGCAAUCCAAGGGAGCGCCGUUCAGACUGCCUCAGGAUCAUCAGCUGUUUUCCUGCCUCACCCAGGCUGUCGCAGAAGGUGUGGUGAUGACUGACCCUCACUGGCAGAGCUUCAUGGAGCAGGCCGUACGGCUGCUCUACUUCCUGUCCGAGUCCCCCGACCAGCUCUGUUCCCGCCUCCUCCAGCGCUCCGCACGCCUCCUAUUGGACCAGAUCGCGGAGGGCGGGGAGACGAACAAGGACGUCGGCCAACUGCAGGGCGGCUCUCAGGAUUCCCAGGAAGAUCAGGGUGAACAAGUGAGCUGUGUGUCCCUGGCCCAGCUGCUGUCUCUGAGUGGCAGCGUGGCCUUCUGGCAGGUGUCCCACCUGGAGCGCAGCGUGAGCGCAGAGCUGCGGCGCAGACGAGGAGAGAGGGAGGAGAGGGAGGAGAAGGGCUCCUCCAGCAAGACCAAGCAAGCGGCCAAUGAGAGUGCCGUGGAGGAGGAGUUAGGGCUGAUGGGCGCCUCGGCCGAGGACACAGAGGCGGAGCUUAUCCGGAAGAUCUGCGAGACCGAGCUGUUGGCCGAGGAGGGGCUGCUGUGUGUGUUCCUGCCCCUGCUGGUGAAGGUGUGCAGCUUCCCAGGGCGGUACUCCCACCCCCAGCUCACCACCGCUGCCUGCCUGGCUCUGUCCCAGUACAUGAUGAUCAGCCCCUCAGUGUGUGAGGAGCAUGUACGACUGCUGUUCACCGUGCUGGAGCGCUCCUCCCUGCCUGUCGUCAGGGCCAACGCCAUCAUCGCCCUGGGAGACCUCACCGUCCGCUUCCCCAACAUUCUGGAGCCAUGGACGCAGAACCUAUACGCCAGACUGAGCGACGAGAACCCGUCAGUGCGCCAGACGGCCGUGACGGUGCUGACCCAGCUGGUGUUGAAGGACGUCCUGAAGGUCAAAGGUCAGGUGAGCGAGGUGGCCGCCCUGCUCCUGGACCCAGAGACUCACAUCGCCAGCCUCGCCCUCAACUUCUUCAACGAGCUAGCCUCCAAGGACAACGCCAUCUACAACCUGCUGCCGGACAUCAUCAGCCGGCUGUCAGAUCCAGAGAGAGGCAUGAACGAGGUGGACUUCCACACCAUCAUGAAGCAGCUGUUCUCCUACAUCACCAAGGAGAGACAGACAGAGUCCCUGGUGGAGAAACUGUGUCAGCGCUUCAGGACCGCCAAGACGGAGCGUCAGUGGUGUGACCUGGCCAUGUCCCUGUCCCUGCUGGCCAUGUGUGAGCGGGGCCUGAAGAGGCUCCAGGAGUGUUGGGAGUGCUACAGUGACAAGCUGACUGAGCCGGGCGUCUUCCAGCCUCUGCUGUCCAUCACCGCUAAGCUGCGCCGCGGAGCCAAGCCCCUGCUCAGGGCCCAGGUGGAGGAGUUUGAGAAGAGGCUCACGGCAGUGCACACACGCGGGCUGGAGAACGUGGAGAGCCCCGAGAUGGAGGAGAGCCGCAGAGAAGGAGGCGACAACACCAUCUCACGCACCCCCCUGCCGGCCAGGGGGCGGGGGCGGACCAAGAGGGGUCAAUCAAAGCCCUCUGUGUCCAGUCACAAUGAUGAUAGUGAGUUUGUUACACCCAAACCAAGCCGCAAAUCCUCCAGGAAAGCAGUCAUUAUCUUCAGCAGUGACGAAGAGGAGGAGGAGGAAGAGGAUGCUGUCAUGGCGGAGAGCGAGACCCCCAAGGUGACCACUCCCAUUGGUCGAGCAUCCCGACGCACUCGCCUCAGACACUGAGCUCUCCUUCACCUUUCCUAUUCUAGUCUCCGUUUCUUAUUCUGUUUUUAUCUUGCGCUCUUUCUUUUUUUAAACGUAGCGUUUCCAGUGUUUGAUAUCCAUGUCAGGGUCUUUUUAUUCUUUUAAUAUUUUAUCUUUUUUUGUAUAUUUUAAACGUUGCUGUAGCUAUCACUCAGAUGAGUACUUAAAGCCAUGGAGCUGCAUCGAGACAUUUUAAUAAACUGGUUUGAUGUGAA